AUGUCUGCUUAUGCGCAUCAGAUGGAGAGGCAAUUCUCAGGUGGUCUCUCAAGCAGAGACAAUUCCGAAUUGAGAAGUGGUUAUUCUAUAGAUUCUGGAUGUUACAUGACAUCUUUAACAGCUACAAUCUUCAUUGCUUCACUUGUAACAUUUGGAGUUUUGCUUAUUACACUUCUUAUAGCUUUAUCAACAAUGUUACAGAGCUGCGAAAACCGAAACACUGGAAUCGUCGAGGUUCAAAGACUACUUGAUGAUCAUGAGAGUUUCAGUUACUGCAAAAUCUUGUCUUUACACUCAAAGCUCAAUGGAUUGGAAGAAGAAGACACUAUUGAGUUACCAUUGUUAUGCAAAGGUGUUGCUUUACGCAGAAUCAAACAAGGAAUCUACUUGAGAGAGUUAAACUUCACUAUACAAAUGGCUCUUACUUAUUUCAAAACCGUCAAACCGAUGAAAGAUGACCGCGAUGUUGUUGUGAUUGAUAUCGAUGAAAUCAAUCUAUUAGAACAAGAUAGUUAUACUAUUGAAGAAGCAAAGAAUCAGAAGAGGAAGCUAGUACUUGAACUAUAUUCUAAGCUAAGAUCACAUGGCUUUUUAAUGGUUCUGUUAUCAAGAAAACCCGAAAGAGAGCGGAACACCACAAUCGAGCAGUUAAAAUCUAGAGGAUACAGCGAUUGGUUCGGUUUGAUCAUGAGGGAAGACACAAGACAAAAGGAAGAGUUAGAAGGAGAAACCCGCGUAAUCGGAGUGAUUGGUAAUCAUAUGGAUGUGUUAACAGGCCAGUGGAAUUGGCGAAGCAAGCGUCUGUUCAAACUUCCAAGCCUUACCUAUAAUGAUGUUUUGGACUACAGUGAAAGGUGA